AUGAACGGGCAUUUGGAUGCAUCCAGCCUGAAGGACAGGUCAGUCAUUGUCACAGGAGGGGCUUCUGGCAUCGGCCUCGCAGCCGUCACACGCUUCGCGGAAGGUGGAGCCUAUGUCACCAUCGCAGACGUUCAAGAUGCUCUCGGAAACAAAGCGGCUGCUGAUCUCAACGCCAAGGGCUGUCAUGUCUCCUUCGUCCACUGUGACACAACCGACUGGGAAUCGAGUGUGGCGGCAUUCAAACAUGCUGCUUCCUUUGGACCAAACAGAUCUCUGGACGUGGCCUUGCUGAAUGCUGGUGUAGGAGGUGACAGAGGUAGCUUGACAGACCAAGUGCUGGCAGCUCCUGAGCCUUCAUUGGAUCCCGACGUUAUUCCAACCCGUCCGAGCCGCAAAGGAGCCGCUGUGAACUUCCUGGGAGUAUAUGACAAUUGCUGGUUGGCGUUGCACUAUAUGCGUCUGCCCUCGCAGGUCGAACCAACAACCACACCGCAAAAAUCAAUAAUCCUUACUGCUUCUCUGGCAGCUUAUGCUGACAUGCCGGCCUCUUCUGAUUAUAAUGCUUCAAAGUUUGGCGUCCGAGGCCUUUUCCGAGGGCUCCGACAUACAACCGCUGCGCUCAAUGUCCGGGUCAACCUGCUCGCGCCUUACUGGAUCAACACGCCCCUCGUUCAGUCAGCCCUACCCGCGUUGGAGGCAAGAGGGUUGAAGCCAGGUCAAGGAUUGUCGUGGGCUAGCAUCGAUGAUGUGGUCGAUGCCAUAAUUAGAUCCGCUACGGACCCGAGUGUUGGCGGUAAAGCUUGGGCAAUUUGGCCAGAAGGCUACAUUGACAUGGGAGAGGACGAGGCUGGGGGUUGGGCAGGCGAUCAUUUGAGGAAGCACUGGGAAAUCCAGAGACAGAAGGGUGAUAACAUGCUGUAA